UCUAAUUUUUUUGUAGUAAGUUAUUUUGAAAUUUACUUUUGUUUUGCUCAUUUUCCCACCGUCUAAAUACCUCACUUAAGUGCCAUUUUGGUAGUGGUUUAUGUAAUAUUUAGAGAGAGGGAGGGAGGGUUUUACCACUGAAAAUUAGAUGGGAAAUUUGACAUUCCAUGCUAAAAAAGGGAACAUGGUGUUUAAUUAUACCUAAUUAUAACACAUAGAAAAAAUAUACCAAUCUUUCUAUUUUCUUUCAAAAAUAUCCUUCUCAUUUCAAAUUUUCCACAUUCCCUCUAACUACAUUCUCUCUCUUCUUUCCCUCUCCCAAACUCACGAACCCACACCCAAACUCACGAACGGACGGACGCAGACCACCAAAGCUCCACCAAAACCCACGAACCCAAACCACCGUUCGAACCCACGGCCACCCAAACGAACGCCCCAACCAAUCGGCGCCACCCACGAACCAAACGUCGAACCCACGGCCAUACACAGUCUAACCUAGACGACCCCUCAAACCCACAGUCACCCGCACGACCCAGACGACCAGUCGAACCCACGGCGACCGAGGAGACCCGCGAACCCACCCACGACUGGAAAAACCUACACAGACGUCGAACCCAAUACCCAGGUUUGUUCUUUAUUUUUUUUUAACUUUAAAUUCACAAUCUGCGAAAAACCUGAAAUGUAUUUGUUUGGAUUUAUGAAUUUUAGAGUUUGGGGAAGAAACUGAGUUUAGGGUGAUAGAUUUUGGGGGGUUUUUUGAUUUUGUGUGACAUUAUGCGAUGUGUAUGCGAUAUGUGUGCGAUUAGUGAUACAAUUUAAGGUCUGUUUCGUUGUGGGAUUGUGUGUGCGAUUUCUGUGCGAUUAUGUGCGAUAAAUGACUACUGUAUCUGCAAUUGUUGAAUUUGUGCGAUUUUGCUUGAUGUCUUGUGCGAGUUUGUGCGAUUUAUGACUACUGUGUCUGCAAUUGUUAAAUUUGUGCGAUUUUGGUCGAUGUCUUGUGCGAUUUUGUGCGAUUUAUAUUCAAAUAUGUUGCCAACCAGCAAACAGAAUUAAAUUAUUUCUGGUAGUGCGAUUAAUGUGCGAUUUAUGUGCGAGUUUGUGCGAUAUAGUAUGUUAUUCAGUGGUUGUUAUGUGAUUUAUGUGCGAUUUCUAUAUAUGCGAUUUAUAAUCUUUCUGUUUGUAUUUGCAGAUGGCUCCAGAACUCAUUCUCCCCUUGGCUGAGCAUUUUCCUGGGCGUAUCACUUACCGAGGAAAUGGGUACUUUGCUUCAAUUAAAGCAAAGUUUGAAGCCUUUAACCUGACUGAGAGGGUGAAGGAAACUCCUUUUGGAGUUUUUUGGAAUGCGAAUGAUCUGAAAUUCUCUGGGGUGAUUGUGCAUCAACUACUGUUGAGGAAAAUGAAAGUGACUGAGGUAAAGAAUGAUUAAGUGUGGUUUUACGUGGGUAAAACCGAGGCCAGAUUUGGAAGGUCUGAGUUUGGAUUGAUCACUGGCCUGAAGAUGAGCGGUGGCCCCUCGACUGAAGAAUUGACUACACUAUGUGAGUCUGAUCGGAUAUUGCAGGACUACCUCAAUAAUGCCAAACGGGUCACUUUCAAAACCCUUUGGCUAGCUUUUGAGGCGUGCGAUGUGGCCGACGACGUGUACAAGCUGGGGUUGUGUGCAUUUGUUGAAGGUGUGCUACUAUCAAGGGCUGAGGGUGUUUAUAUAUGGUCGAAUAUGCUGAAGUUAGUAGAAAACGAGGAGAAGUUCUUCGAAUAUCCGUGGGGCCUUCUUUCAUAUCAGAAGUUGUUGUCAUCCACAGCCAAAAGUAUGACUGACCUGAGGAAGAACUACCUUGAUAAAUCUACUAAGGAUAAGAAGAAAGGGAAGAAGGAGAAAAAAAUUACUCAACCAAAGGCGAAGUACAAUGUCUACGGAUAUGCACCGGCACUACAAUACUGGGCCUUUGAGGUGAUGCAAGAUUUGGGGAAGAAGUACGGGCAGUGCAGAGGGACUAGAUUCCCUCGAAUGUUGAAUUGGAGCACCCCCAACACGGUUACGAAACAUGAUGCGAAGCAACCUGAUGUCGCUACACUAUUUGAGAAAAGGAUGGUUGUUCUUCAAAUUUUGUAUCCUCGGAAUUGGGAGGUGGACUAUUGGAAGAGCAAUUGUGAGGGUGAGGUCCCCACGAUGGAAAUGGGGUUGGAUGAGGUCGAAGAAACGCAAGUCGGGGCGCAAGAUUCGACCGCAUUCCAGACCCAAGCCGAACGGGUGGCGGAUUAUGUCAAAAGGUCCAAAAUUAUUCCACCAUCCCCACCCAAAGAAACACCAGACGCCUCCACAUCUGCCACUGUGCCCCCAACGCCUGCCACUGUGCCCCCAAGCUCUGCUCCAGCCAAUGACUCCGACUACCUCUUGUUGGCUAAGAGAUUGGAGAAGGUAGAAGCGCAACAACUUGCGAUUCUCACUACCCAGACUGAGAUGAAGGCUGACUUCAAGAGAAGUCAGAAAGAGAUGAAGAAUCUUAUCGUGGAUCAAAUUGCGACCGUGAUAAGUUUGUUACAGAAGCAGCCUUCGGAGCCGACACAACCAUCAAGGCCGGCACAUCAAUCAGACCCCACACAUCCAUCAGACACGGUAGAGCCAUUACAGACGGUACAUCCAUCACCGCCGACAUAUGAUGAUGAUGAUGAUGUCUACCCAGAAGAUUGGCAACCUGACAUAUGUGACAUUCCUUCUACUCCUACAAACGCCAUUGUCAUUUCGCUAGGUGAUACAGAAUCUCAGGAUGUGGAAGAGUUGCAGGGGCCGCCAGCUGGGGUGGACUUUUGUAGGGUUAGGCAAAAGCGGAAGCCGGUUUUCUUGAAUGACUACACAGCUGGGAAGAAGAAACAACGACAUGGGCCCGUGGUAGUAGACACACUGAAACCGGCGGACCCCCGGCUGUUAAAAUUUUUCCGAAAGUGGAUCACUUAUGCUAGGGACAACGGCCGUCCUAGGGAUGUUCACACUGGCGAAGUCACUAGAUCCUGGUUCGUGAAAUUGAUGGUGCUGAACGAAUGGCUCGACGAUGCUCAACUUGAUGCCAUGGUGCACUUAUUGAGAAGAAUACGGACCCUGUACCCAGAAGUCUACACUCGAAAAUGUGUAGUUUUGGACACAUCUGCUCCACAGAUCUUUGCCAUGUAUUGGAAUUUCUAUGAGGGUGACAAGAGCAAGAUGAAAUGGGAUGAGGGUGUUAUGAAUUACGUGCAGGGGAUACCGCACAGAUACUUGCCAUGUUGGGAGAACCAGGAUUACAUAUACUUUGUGUUGCACCUUCCCAAAGAGCGUCACUGGGUGGCAGUUGAGGUGGAUAUUGACAACUGGGAGAUCAUUGUAUAUGAUUUUGAUAUCGGUGGCACCGUUGAGGCAGCCAUGGAGUCAUAUUUGAAACCUUACAGCGAGCUAUUUGCGAAUCUAAUUCGAGCUAACGGUUAUUUCCCAUACAACAAUUAUGUACAUCCGGUGGAGUUGGGGGAUCUCAGUCAGCUCCUACCCCUAUAUUAUAGACGAGUUACCUCUGAGGUCGCACCACAAACGAAGAGCAGUGGCAAUUGUGGAAUGUAUGCCAUGGAGCAUAUCGAGCACUUGAUGCUGGACCGGUCGUUAGAGCAUGUUCAUGAUGGUAACAUGCUCAUUUUUAGACAUAGGUGGUGUGUGGACUUAUUUUACCAGAACUUAACAUGGUAGUUUUUUGUAGGUUCUUAUACACAUAAACUCCCCUUUUGUAAUUGUAUUAUAAUCUCACCAAACUUAUAUAUAACAAGUAAAUUUAAAGCUAUUUAAAUUGUUGCUUGUAUCAAUUUCUUUAUUUUUUUAAUUUUUGAGAAAUACCUGUCUUAUAACGGUAACUAUGGGAAAUGAUGACAUCUUGAAAAAUGAUUCUGAUAACAAUCGCAUAAAAAUCGCACAU